AUGGAUGACUCACCGCGUGAGAUGGGUAGGUAUGGGGAAAAGGAGAAGAUUCCAAGACCGCGCAAUGCGUUUAUACUGUUUAGACAGCACAACCACAAGCUGCUGAUCGACGAGUGGACGACCAAGGGCUUGGAGAUCCCGCAUAAUUCCAAGAUCUCGAAGCUGCUCGGUGUCAAAUGGAAGGAGCUGUCUAACGAGGAGAAAGUGCAUUGGAAAGAGCUGGCCGAGAAGGAGAAGACCGACCACGAAAAGAAGUAUCCGGACUAUAGAUACAAGCCCGUGAGGAAGCAGCGGAAGAAAAAGGAGCCUGUUCCGUUGGCAGCGCCGCCGCAGCAGCCGCCGCAGCAGCAGUAUCACCCCCAGCAUCAGCAUCAACAUCAACACCAGCAUCAUCCGCCGAUAGCUCACCGUCCAGCGCCGGGUCUCCUUCCAUUCAAUAACUAUACAAGACCACAACUCAACGAGCAGCACCACGUUGAGGCCGCGUAUCGCGGCGUAUACCCCGCUCCGUACUACUGGCCGCCCUAUUACAUGCAACAGGCGUAUCCCUACAAUUACUACGCCAAGACUCCCAACGCUCCCGCGAAUCCACAGGUGUACCCGGCUCCGAUCCCGUUCCAGACGCCCAUGCAGAUGCCAGUGCAACAGAGGAAACCGUCGCACGAGAUCCCGGUAAAUCGCGACCAGGUCCCGGAUUUCUCGUAUUACUCCGCCUACCAGCACCAACAACACCGUCCGUGGAACGCUCCACAGCCUGCAAACCCAAAGCCGCAUCCCAUUGUAUCAUCUACACCAGUCGUUCACGAUUAUCAAAACAGCAUCAACCAUCCAAGUCCAUCCCAAAGCCAGGACUCAAACUCGCAUUAA